UAUAUAAUACAAUUUUUGAUGGUUGUAAACUUGUAAAUGGGGAAGUCAGCAUUAUGAUGGUUGACUGUGGAGUAGUUAAGAGUUAACAAUGAAAAGGCCCCAUGAGAUGUAGACACGUGUAAUUCUGAUUUGGUAAGAGAUCCUGUCUUGCUUGUUUUGCUUACCUUCUCCUAAUUAACAGGGAAAAAAACAAGAUUUGAGUUUUAAGAAGCCAACUCAAAACCAAAACAAAAAAUCAAAAAGAAUGCAAAUGAGAGAUGCAAAUCCCAGGGUUAUGUAUGGUGUGAUCAUCACCGUGUACGUUGAUCGUCAACCGACGACCGUCCAGUCGUUUCAAGGGAGACGUAAAAAAAAUGAAGGGGAGAGACGUGAGAUCAGAAAGGCACGUGGAUAUGAUCGGAGAGCGAAUCUGUUAACGCAUAUUCAGCAGUUGAGAAUGGGGAUUCUUGCCGGUGAUUCGAAACGCGGCGGAGAGAGUGACAACAAGCCUGAACGGCCGAACCCGAAGAAGAAGAAAAGAAGGUGGAUAAGAAAAAUGUUUCGUAAGUUCCGGUUACCAUUUCGCCGGAAAAAUAGGACGUGGAAAUACCGCCAGUUCGAUCCAGAUGAAGAAGAAGGAGAAGCAAGGAGCAAAACUAAUCACAAUUCUGAUCUUUGGAAUAAACUUAAACAUGUGGUUGGAGGUUUAUCACGCGGAUGCUUACGAGGUAGAAGAGACUCCUGUAGACAAAAUAAGGAAUCAUGAUUCGGGAUUUUUGUCCAAAGUUGAUUGAGAUGUGAAACAUUUUUUUCUUUUCACAUAGCUUUUUUAUUGUUCUUCCAGAACUUGAGGAAGAUGUUGAUCAAAUCGAUACAAAGAAAGAAAAAAAAAAUGAGAAAUUUGAAAAGAGGCAUAAGAGAACAUGCCACAGUAGAGAGUACAACAAUGCAGAAACAAUGAUACAAUUACACAGAAUACAUAAUUUACAUGAAAAUAAAUAAAAGAAAGGGACGACUGCGUGUUUUUUUUUU